AUGAGGGAAGCAACCCUGCAAGCCAUUGACUCAAUCGAAACUUCUCAGGCUGAUGCUCUGCGGGUGGAGUUUGAAGCCCUUAGGGAAGCGGAGCAACAGACGUCAGCGCUGAGUGCCUUGGAGGAGCAGCAACAGCGCCAAGUCGUGCUUGCUGAAGAGAGAAACCGUCAGCAAGAGAUCCAGGCACAGUUGCAUCAGAAUCAGCUUGAAGUUCAAAGGCUGCAGUCCCUGAAGACGUCCUUGGAAGCGGAGGUGGACGAAAACUCCAGACUUGUUGUGGCGACUGAGAAGCAGGAACAAUUGCUGCAAGAGACGGUAUGGAGAUCCACCAGAAGUUGCGAGGAACUUGAAAGGAAGCUCCAGCAGCUCAAGGAAGAGACUGUGCGACACGGUGGUCUUCGAGAGUUAGAAGCAGAAGUGAAGAUGGCCCAGGAGAACGUGGCACUAGAGCUCGCAGAGGCAAAAGCACCUCAAUGGCUACAAUCAUGCCAGGCUUUGGUGAGAUCAGAAGAGCAGCAACACGCGGCAAGAUGUUGGCAGCGCUGUCGAGAGGAGGAGGCGGCAACUACUCAACUAUGGGAAGAGAGAAUCCACAGAUCUGAGAUGGAAGCCAAAGAGUCUGCCUCUCAGAUUCCGCAAAAGUAUCUGGAGAUUCUACAAGGUGUACAACGAGAAGCUGAAAAGGAGUCUUUGACGUCAAGGCAGCUGACCACCUCGCUCCGCGCGAAGUUGCAGGAGACCCAGUCGCAGCUGGCGCGCCUAGAAGCCGUGGAAGCUGGCGGCCACGCCGGCAGCCAGGCUGCUGAGCUGCGGCAGCGACGGGAGGAGGAGUUGGACUGCUUUGCUCAUGUUCAACAGCUGAAGGAGGAGGUGAGCAACUUGCAGCUAAAAGGGCAACAGCAGGCCGAUGACAUCAAAACCAUGCAGCUGGAAGAACAGAGCUCCGACGAGGUCCAAGCCGUCCAAGCCCUUCAAGAAGAGCUUCAUCACUUUCAAGCUGAGGCCGCGUCGCAGUUUGGGUUGCCGUUGAACAUUCGGUUUUCUUCCCUGCAGGAAGCCCUUGCAGCUGGAGAGGAAGCCGCAGCACGACUGCACUUCUCGACCAAACUCUCCGAAUCGGUCCUGGCUGGGGCACCGGCUCAGGAGUCGAAGGGUGACAGAAGCAAUCAGGAUGAGAAGCUGCAAGAGAUGAAAGCGGAGGUGCAUACCUUACGCUUUGAACGAGAGCGACUGGUGGAGCUGGGAAAUGAUCUCCGUGCAGAACUUCGCGAUGAAAUUUCCCAGAAAUCUGAGCGAAAUUCGUUAAUCAUCCCGCAGCGGAAAGUGUCGUUGGAGGCAGCUGUGAGGGCCCUUGUUGCGGAGAAUCGACGCUUGCAGGGGGAGUUGUUGGAGGCCGGGCGAUCACCUGCGGUUCCGGCAGAUCCUAUGACCAGUGUGAUAGGUGCGCAGGUUGAGUUGCCUUCAUCCUCUUCUUUGCGGCCUGCAAGUAGAGGUUCUAGACUGGCAGACCGUUCAACUUCACAGGCCGGACAGGGCAUGCGCACACAUCAGACUGAGAUGACUGAAGCUUCUGGCAGAGAUGCCUUGAUGUUGCAGGGGGUAGCUGCGCCCUGUGGCGCCUCCUCUACAUUGCCAGUAUCUGCACCAGGCUACUUGCGACAGCCACUGACGGAGGACCUCCGGCCUCCCAGAAGUGCAACAGACCGUGGCACUGAGAGCCAGAGAAAGGCAUUGGAAAGACUACGCGCUGCUCAAGCGAAGCAUGAUGAGGUGGCAGCUGCAGCUGCGGAGCAGCGACAGAAGGUUCUUCCUUUGAUCCGAUGGCGAGACACCGCGACAGCUGCAGCUUCUGAAAGGUGA